ACCCCUUUGCUGAUGCAACUAAGGGUGACGACUUACUCCCGGCAGGGACUGAGGACUACAUUCAUAUAAGAAUCCAGCAGCGCAACGGCAGGAAGACGCUGACCACUGUGCAGGGCAUUGCGGACGAUUAUGACAAGAAGAAACUUGUGAAAGCCUUCAAAAAGAAGUUUGCCUGCAAUGGUACUGUGAUCGAACAUCCCGAGUACGGAGAGGUUAUUCAGCUCCAAGGUGACCAAAGGAAGAACAUUUGUCAGUUUCUCUUGGAGGUUGGCAUCGUCAAGGAGGAGCAGCUGAAGGUUCACGGAUUCUAAGAUGAACCCAAACGUGUGGCAAGUUUCUUAAAUGGUUUUGUUCUCUCAACCCAGUUUGGCUGCCUCGGGAGAUGAUUCUCUACAGUAAACGACGGACUUUAUGUUUAUUUAAUCAUUCAGACUUCCACUCACACCUGCAUGGCUACAGAAAACACAGGGUAUGUAGGCUCCUGAGUCAUAAGAAAAUCGCGGUGAGAUGGGAACGAAGCCCGAGUUCGUCCUAACAUGUUUCCAAUGGAAAAGGUUUUGUUUUGAGUGUUUAUUGGUUAGUUUAUUUUCACUUGGUUAUUACAUGUUGUUCUUGUUGUAUUAAAACGUGUAUGUUGCAGCUUAACAAUAAAGAGAGUCUGUGAA